GCUGGUGUCACUGCCCAUUGGGACUUCCAGAGGGAAGAGCGAGUCAGUGGCAAAAGAGUGAGGAGAGCACGUUUGUCGGACGGUGUCCAGUGAACUGACUUAGGGUUUUUUUUGAUUCAGCUCACUAUUUUUGUCUUUUAACAGCCACCUGAAGUUUCUGGCAGUAAAGUCGUCAUGGCAGACCUGGGCUGCAAAAAGCCCAGCGACUGCACCGUCUCCAGGCUCCUCAGCGUAGUGGAGAGCGAACUCCGGGCUGGGAGGGACAAAGGUGACCCCACUGAGAAACAGCUCCAGGUUGUCUUGGAGGAUGCAACACUCUGGCAGAGAUUCAGGGAAGUCACUAACGAGAUGAUUGUGACCAAGAACGGCAGGCGGAUGUUCCCUGUUUUGAAGAUCAGCGUGUCGGGCUUGGACCCAAAUGCCAUGUAUUCCUUCCUGUUGGACUUCGCGCCAACUGAUGGCCACCGCUGGAAGUACGUCAACGGAGAAUGGGUGCCGGCUGGGAAACCAGAGCCGCCAAACCACAGCUGCGUCUACAUCCACCCAGACUCUCCCAACUUCGGGGCCCAUUGGAUGAAAGCUGCCAUUUCCUUCAGUAAAGUCAAACUCACCAACAAGCUCAACGGGAGUGGGCAGAUAAUGCUGAACUCCCUGCACAAAUAUGAGCCCCAGGUACACAUAGUUCGCGUAGGAGGCCCCCACCGGAUGGUGAUGAACUGCUCCUUCCCUGAGACGCAGUUCAUAGCUGUGACUGCCUAUCAAAAUGAAGAGAUAACAGCUCUCAAAAUCAAGUAUAAUCCCUUUGCCAAAGCCUUCCUGGAUGCAAAAGAAAGAAACCAUCCCAAGGAUGCUCCAGAAACAGUCUCUGAAGGUCAACAUAUGACAUAUUCUCACCCCCCACACCCCCCCCACAGCUGCGAGCGAUACUCAGCACUGCGAGGGCAUCGGGCUGCUCCGUACCCACCUUCCUAUGUGCAGAGGAAUCAUUCACCUCCAGUUAAUCUGUUGGACAGCUCCAGCAAUAAUCUUCAGGUAUUCUCAGGGCACGAUGGCUGGACUUUGCCAUCCUCUCCACAUGCUAAUUUGCUCUCAGUGCCACACACAAAAGGAGCUGCCAGCCCUGGAUCCAGCCACUACCCUUGCCUGUGGACAGUGAGCAACAGUGCUGUGAACGUUGCCAACGCGGGAAGCGAGGUGAACAGCAGCCCUUCAAGUGUGUUCCUAAGGGGUAACGUCCCCUUACCCACUGCAUCAUCAGUCCAAAUCCCUCUGCAGGGAACGGUGUCUGGCAGCAUGGAAGCACAAGGGGAAACUGCUCUAGCCCGACUAGCCGACCCCACGUGGACAUCCUCACACUCCUUUUAACAGACGGGGAGCUCAGCCAAACAAGACUGACGCAAACGGCAAACGGUCCCGUAGAAUUGCAGCUCAGAGCAGGGAUGUGUAUGCAGCGUGCCGAUUCCGUCAAACAUAACUUUCCAUAAUGCACCUCUUGUGUGCCAGAGAGGCCAAAAUAUGAAACACAAAGGCUGGAGGUGUUACGGGAACCGGCUUAUUACUGUAGCCUUGAUGCGUCAUUCAGGAUGAUGCCCAGAAAGGAUCCUUAUAGUUAGUUUUGCUCCUGUAUCACGUAACAAAAUGGUCAGAGACAUGGGACUGAGUGAAGCGGAUACGGCAGCUGGAUA